GUGAUCCUCGUGAACCAACAGAGCUCCCCUUGACGAGCUUAAGUUUUUGUAAGUCCUUUAACUUUAGCCUUGCUUGGUUGGAGUGGUGCAACUGCGCUAGCCUUCCGAGACAGUAUAUAAAAUAUUGUUGCUAGCACUGGCUAGAUCUCACCAAGGUUCACUACAGUACGUUUCUUCUAGUUGUGUUGGAUAUUUCAUCCAGCGUCCCGGUUGCGGACAAUUGAUUUUUAGUCUAGUUUAUAUAAGAAAAGAGAAUGAAAGAUAGGCUACUACUCGUUGGAGUUGUAGGACUGGUUGCUGUACUAUUUGACAUUACGGCGUCACAGGGGGAGCAACAGCAGAAAUCAGUAAUUUAUGGGCCAAAUGUUUGUGGGCCAAGACAAUACGCAUAUUGCUGUCCAGGAUGGAGACUUCAUCAUUCUGUAAAUCAGUGUAUUAUCCCUAUAUGCAGCCGAUCUUGCAAUGGUGGGUUCUGCGCUAGUCCUAAUGCCUGUAUGUGCCAGAGAGGUGUACUUGGCUCAGGAGCAUGCAUUAAUGGUGGUAGCACGAAUGUAUGCGAACCAGAAUGUUUAAAUGGAGGUCGUUGUGUAAGCAACAAUCAAUGCUCCUGCACCUAUGGUUUCACUGGAAACAGAUGUGAGACUGAUUACAGAACAGGUCCAUGUUAUAGAACCUACAUAGGACCAGGCCAGUGUUCAGAUUUGCUAAGCAAUCUUCGUUGCACCAAAGCACUUUGUUGUGCGACCAUUGGCACUGGCUGGGGUGUUCCAUGUCAGCAAUGUCCUACAGAUCUUGUAUGCGAUAUUGGAUUUAUAAUGGAUAGAGAGAGCCAGCAGUGUGUUGAUGUAAAUGAAUGCCAAGUAAUUCCUAAUCUAUGUCUUGAUGGAAAGUGCACUAAUACCAUUGGAUCAUAUACAUGCCAGUGUGUGGUUGGCUUCAAGUACAAUAUGUUGACCAAUCGAUGUGAAGAUAUUAAUGAAUGUAGAGAACAAACAGGUUUAUGCCAAAAUGGAGAAUGUAUAAAUACUCAAGGAACAUUCCGUUGCAUAUGUAGAAAUGGCUAUAUUCUUAACCCUAAUGGAGACCAGUGCAUAGCGGCUCGACUAGAUUAUUGUUACGAAAGAUCAGACGGAGAAAGACACUGUUCCAAUCCAUUAUUGAUUCGUUAUUCAAUCUACGAUUGUUGCUGUUUCCAAAAUGGACAAGGCUGGGGACAGCAAAAUGACUGUACAAGUUGUCCACUUAUAGGAACUCUUGCCUAUCAAAGUCUUUGUGUCGCUGAAGUAUCAAGAGGUGGCCCAGGAGGUGAUGGUACUCCCGGAACUCCGGGACGCCCAGGAGAACCAGGAACCCCAGGAACUCCAGGAGGCCCAGGAGGCCCAGGAGGCCCAGCGUCCUCUGCUACACGUCCUCCGAUUGAGAUUAUGCAGAUCUGUGCUCGUUUCAAUGGGAUCUGUCAGAAUGGACGGUGCAUUGAUUUGCCUAAUGGCUCGUAUCAGUGUAUUUGUGAUGCAGGUUAUGAACUCAGCGGUAACAUGUGCGUAGAUAUUAAUGAAUGUUUAGAGACUCGUUACUGUAGUAAUGGAGUUUGUCACAAUUCACCUGGUGACUAUUAUUGCACCUGUGACAGUGGUUACGAACCUUUACUAAACAACAGGAAAGCCUGUAGAGAUCGUGAUGAGUGUAAAGAAAACCCAGAUAUAUGUUUGAAUGGAAAGUGUCUCAAUAUGCCAGGCAGCUAUACCUGCCAGUGCGCAGAAGGCUAUAUAUUGUCGAAUGACAGACGCUUCUGUAUUGAUGUUGAUGAAUGCGAGAAGACUGGUAUGUGCCGGAAUGGCCACUGUGUAAAUAUGGCAGGAAGCUAUAAGUGUAUCUGCGACAAAGGAUUCCGCAAUACCCAUGGCGUUUGCCAGGAUAUUGAUGAAUGUGCUGAACAAGUUUCUCUGUGUCAGGGAGGUCGCUGUAUAAAUUCACCUGGAAGUUACAGAUGUCUAUGCACCAAUGGGUUCACGGAGCAACCAGAUGGAACAUGUCACGAAACUCGCAGGGACUACUGUUACCACCACACAGCUGAACGUCAGUGUGCAGUUCGUUCACAAGUGCAGAUCACAAGAUCGCAUUGUUGUUGUAGCGUAAUUGUCGUUGAAAGAGGUGGUGGCUGGGGCAUGAGCUGUGAGACAUGUCCGCUUCAAAAUACACCUGAGUUCAAUGAACUUUGUAUCCAUGGCCGUGGCAGGGAUAAUACAGGAAGAAAUGUGAAUGAGUGUAUGCUAUUUGGCAAUAUGUGUCUUCAUGGUGUCUGCGAAGAUGGGCAAGGAAUGUAUCAAUGUAGAUGUAAUGAUGGAUAUCAAAUAGACACUUUUGGCAGGAUAUGUCAAGAUAUUGAUGAGUGUGCAGAGAAUCGCCUGCUUUGUGAGCGCGGCAUUUGCCGUAACACUCCUGGUAGCUAUGUCUGCGAAUGUCCCGCUGGUUACAAGUUUGACAGUGCUAGUGUUAUUUGUAUCGAUAUCAAUGAAUGCGAAGAAAACAACCCAUGUGUCAACGCCAUUUGCGUGAACACUGCUGGUAGCUCGCGAUGCGAAUGCCGUCUACCAGGACUUGAACUUGAUGAAGCUGGUAUAGCAUGCUUGGAUCGUCGUCUUGGUACUUGCUGGACCCAGAUCAGAGAUGGACGUUGCGAGGAAAAUAUAAUGGGAGUAAUGCGUCGUGAUGAAUGUUGCUCUAGCUUCGGUCGUGCAUGGGGCAGUCCGUGUGAACCUUGUCCAGCAGAACAGGUCCAACAAUGUCAACGUGGGUUCAUAUAUGAGAAUGGCAAAUGUAUUGAUAUUAAUGAGUGUGAGCUUGAUAUGAUGGCCUGUACAAAUGGAGAAUGUGAGAACAGUAUAGGAUCGUUCAGAUGUAUAUGUUCUGAAGGACUAUCACUUGAUACCGGUGGAAGAAACUGUAUAGAUCUUAGGAGCUAUGAAUGUUACUUGGACUAUGUAGAAGGACAGUGUUUGCAACACAUCGAUGGUCUUUACCGUAAUUCUGUUUGUUGUUGCUCUAUUGGGGCUGCCUGGGGCAGCCUAUCGGCAUGUACCCCAUGUCCCGUUCCAGGAACAGCUGACUAUGAUCUCCUAUGUCCGAAGGGCAGUGGUUUUGGCGAUACCAGAAUACGGUCAGACCUCAUGGAUGGAUCUGUUGUUAUUGUUGAUAUCAAUGAAUGUAGUGUGUUUGAAGGAAUGUGCGCUGAUGGAAUUUGUGAGAACUCCAUCGGCUCAUUUUACUGUGAAUGUGACCAAGGCUAUGCAUUAGAUGAAUAUGACUACUCCUGCUUCGACAUCAACGAGUGUACACUGAUGGGCAAUGUGUGCGGCAAUGGAACCUGCAUUAACCGUCCAGGUGCUUUCAUCUGCGAUUGCUUCGAAGGUUUUGAGGGUGUGAUGAUGGAUCAAAUGUGCGUGGAUAUUGAUGAAUGUGUGGUGAACUAUGACAUGUGUUCUGGAGGUACAUGUAACAACUUGAUGGGAAGCUUUGAAUGUAUCUGUCCUCAGGGGCAGCAGUUAACAUCAGACGGACAGGCUUGCAAAGAUAUUGAUGAAUGCACAACAACGCAUGGUAUCUGUACCAAUGGACGAUGUCAUAAUAUUCUUGGAAGCUACCGCUGCCUGUGUAAUCCUGGAUUCAAACCUACAGCCAACUUCAAGGCCUGUCAGGAUAUGUAUGAAUGUGACAUGAACAAUGGUGGAUGUGAUCAUACAUGUAAGAACAUGAUGGGAAGCUUUGUGUGUGAGUGCAAGCCAGGAUAUAUCCUCUUGCCUGACGGAGUAACUUGCAUAGAUGUGGAUGAAUGCAUAGAAGAUAUGGACAUCUGCGGAGGUGGCACUUGUACAAAUAUUCAAGGCUCCUACAGCUGUAUCUGCUUCACUGGGUUCCGAGCAUCCGGUGAUCAUAAGAACUGCCUGGACAUUAAUGAGUGCGAUCUUAAUCCAACUAUUUGCUUGGAUGGCCGUUGUGAGAAUACAAGGGGGUCGUACAUGUGUCAUUGCGAAUUGGGGUAUUCAGUGAAACCUGGGCGUGUGGGAUGCAUAGAUAUGAAUGAGUGUGAAAUGGGAGUACACAACUGUGCCAUGAACUCAGAAUGCAUUAACACCAAGGGCACAUUCAUGUGUAGUUGUAAACCAGGCUUUGAAGGCAAUGGUAUCAGCUGUGUUGAUAUUGAUGAAUGUGACCGACAGAUAGAUGAAUGUCACCUGAAUGCAUUGUGUGUCAACAUGCCUGGUACUUACCAAUGCCGAUGUCAGGCAGGAUUCACAGGAGACGGGCGUUCAUGUCAAGAUAUCGAUGAGUGUAGCCGUAACCUGAAUCUUUGUAGCAACGGUCAGUGUUUGAACACUCCAGGUGCUUAUGAAUGUGAUUGUGAAACUGGGUUCUUUGUAUCAGUUGCAAGGGAUCGAUGUGAAGAUAUUAAUGAAUGUACAGAUUUUCCUGAAAUCUGUACAUAUGGCCAGUGUGUCAAUGUGCCAGGUAUGUUCAGAUGUGAGUGCUUCGAUGGCUUUGAGAAGGAUCAAACAGGUGGCAAUUGUACAGAUAUUGAUGAGUGUCGAGAUCUUAACCUCUGCCAGAGUGGGAUUUGCAUUAACACAUGGGGAAGCUUCCAGUGCGAUUGCCCACCAUUCUUCAGUCUAACUUUGUCAAACACUGCAUGCGUUGAUCUACGUAUUGGUAAAUGUUAUGCCAUGUAUAGUGAAGAUGGACGUGGGGACACUGCUGACUCGCAGUGCUAUGGCCUACUAGACGUCAGCGCUGCCCGGGCAUCUUGCUGCUGCUCCAUCGGCAAAGCCUGGGGAGAUCCGUGUGAACCUUGCCCAAAGGUCAACACAACUGACUAUAAUCUACUUUGUCCUGGUGGCCCAGGAUUCCGUCCAAGCAAGUUUACGGAUGUUGUUGGUGACAUUGAUGAAUGUGUCGAGCUAGGAGACAUUUGCGAGGGGGGUAAAUGCGUUAAUACUUUUGGAAGUUAUCGAUGUGAUUGCCCUAGUGGUCUCCGCUAUGACGAGCAAAUGAAAAUAUGCAGAGACAUCAACGAGUGUGUAGAGUACCCAAAUGCUUGCUCGCCAGGCUUCUGUAGAAACAACAUUGGCAAUUACACAUGUAGCUGCCCAUUUGAAUAUGAGUUGCAGUUCAAUGAUAAGGGCAACGCCUACUGUUUAGAUGUCCGUGAACGCUUUUGCUUCAGGACAAAGAACUCCACCAAUCAUUGCACUAACCCACUGGAUUCAGUGCUCACCAAGAUGACUUGUUGCUGUACCAGUGUUGGAGCUGUUGGAUGGGGCCUGGACUGUGAAUCCUGCCCUUCUUAUGGCUCUGAACCUUAUGCCCAACUCUGUGGUACUGAGCCUAUGGAUCCAAUGCAAAUGUGCAAGAUGAUUGGAGAUAUCUGUGAGAAUGGCAACUGUAUUCCCGUCAAUAAUAUGAUGGGAUUCAGGUGCGAUUGUUUCAUCGGCUACAGGUAUGAUGACAUGGCCCUCAAAUGUAGAGACAUCGAUGAAUGUCUGGAAAACACACACCGUUGCCGUGGCAAUGCUGAAUGUGUGAACACUCCUGGAGAAUAUGAAUGUGCGUGUCCGGUUGGCUUCGAGCUAGCUGACGAGAGGAGCUGUAUUGACAAGGAUGAGUGUGCUAUCAACCCGAAUGAAUGCCUUAACGGUGCGUGCUCCAACACGGUAGGCUCUUUUGAAUGUCUGUGUCAUCAAGGCUUCUCACCAACAUCGGAUGGAAAGGAUUGCGUUGAUACUGAUGAAUGUUCACUGGGGGCUUGUGGAAUUAAUGGAACAUGUAUCAAUGAAUUUGGCUCGUUUAUUUGCAAUUGUUUUGUUGGUUUCAGACAAAGUCACAAUAAAGACUGCAUUGAUGUAAAUGAGUGUUUGGAACUGGGAGUUGUGUGCAACAAUGGUUUCUGUACAAAUACUCCUGGCAGUUUUGUGUGCCAAUGCCAAAUAGGUUUCAGAGUUAGUCCUGACCAACGAAACUGUGAAGACCGUAAUGAAUGUGUUGAGCAGCCUGGCAUCUGUGUCAAUGGACGAUGCGAGAACAUUUUUGGAUCCUUCCGCUGCAUAUGUGACCCUGGAUAUAUACUUGCAAGUAAUGGCUUUGAAUGUGUUGACAUCGAUGAUUGUGCAGAAAAUGGAAAUAUUUGUGGGUUCAACAGUACCUGCGUGAAUCAAGCGGGUGGAUUCCAAUGUUAUUGUGGUCCAGGCUUCCAACCAGGAUACAAUGGCAUCUGUGAAGACAUCAAUGAGUGUCAUCGAAACCGUAACUAUUGUGCUUUCCGUUGUAAGAAUCUACCGGGAUCAUUCGAAUGUAUGUGUCCUAGAGGAUAUACUCUGAAGCCCGAUGGUAAAAGUUGUGAAGACUUAGAUGAAUGCAUAACUUCUGCAAAUAACUGCAGAUUUGAUUGUAAGAACCUGAUUGGUACAUUCCGUUGCGUGUGUCCACCUGGUCUGCGAGCCGUCACUCGAAGAGGGGACGUCUGUGUCGAUAUUGAUGAGUGUAGAACUCAACGGAAUCUGUGUUUUAAUGGUCGCUGCAUGAACACUGAAGGAAGUUAUAGAUGUGAUUGUAACAAUGGCUAUGUUACCAGCCAAAGUGGAAUAGAAUGUCUUGAUAAUCGUGUUGGCACCUGCUAUGUGUCUUUACCAAGGGGUGUAUGUGAGACACCAUUGAAUCUGUUAACUCCAGUGACACUGGAUACUUGCUGUUGUGCUGGAGGCAAAGCAUGGGGACAAGCCUGUGAACACUGCCCAAUGUUUGGAUCAACUCCUUACAUGAAAAUGUGUACUUGCGGCGUUGGUUACAAUAGGGAUUGCCAAGACGUUAAUGAAUGCCAAGUACUGCCCAACAUCUGUGAGAAUGGCCGUUGUCUGAAUACUCAGGGAUCAUUCCAGUGUCAGUGUAACAUUGGUUACAUUCUACAUCCAGAUGGCACACAUUGCGUGGAUGAAGAUGAGUGCAAGCGCCCUCAAUCGCCUUGCCCGUUCCAGUGUACAAACACAAUUGGUAGCUAUAGCUGUGACUGUCACAUUGGUUUCCAGUUGUCGUCUGAUGGCGCCACUUGUGUUGAUAUUGAUGAAUGUGCUUAUGGUCAACAUACUUGCCAAUAUCAAUGUAUCAACACACAAGGCAGUUACAUGUGCUCUUGUCCUGAGGGCUACAGCCAAACUGGAAUCACUUGCACUGACAUAGAUGAGUGUACAACAAAUCCCCAAGCCUGUGGACCAAAUGGAGUGUGUCAUAACAUGCAAGGAAGCUUCCGUUGUGACUGUAAACGAGGCUUCCGACUUGAUGAUACCGGUACUCAGUGUCUUGAUUUGGAUGAGUGCUCAAUACAGGGCAGAUGCCAAUAUGAUUGUGAGAACUCUGUUGGGGGCUACCAUUGCACUUGCCCAAGAGGCUACAUCCCAUAUGCUUAUGGCAGUAACUGUAGAGAUGAAAAUGAGUGUUUGACACCUGGAACCUGUGGAACUGCACAAUGUUACAAUACAGAGGGAAGUUUCACCUGUAAUUGUAAUACAGGCUUUGAGUAUGACCAAUUCCAGGGUGGAUGCCAAGAUGUUAAUGAAUGCGAUAGGUUAUCUCCUUGUUCUUAUGGAUGCGAUAACAUUCAAGGAAGUUUCAGCUGUGGUUGCCCACCUGGCUACAUCACAGUUGCCCAAGGAGCUUGUGUGUCAACGUUUGGUCUCGAAAGCAAACCUUGUUAUUCCUGCCAAUACUCAACCGGCCGAAGGAGGAGAGCGGUGGAUGAUGACGAAGCUCCUGAUGAGGGCUCUGAAGUUGAUCAUGGUGUCUAUGAUGUGGACAAGAACACCGGUAUUUUACAGAUCAAUCUGACAUUAGCUAAGGCUCAUCCAAAAGUACGUAUUAUGAAACUGGUCACAGCGUAUUCAAAGAAGAUUGGUCUUAUGCACUACAAGUUAACGAACGGUCAGGAUAAUUUUACCAUACAGAAGAAAGAUGGCGGAGUCGCGAUCUUGCGUGUCAAGAACGAGAUCAAAGAGCCCUCAGUAUUCCAUCUACAAGUUAAAGGCAGCGUAGCCCCUAAGGACGAAAAGGUAAUGGAAGUUGACCUACUAGCAGAGAAGAUGCAUCAAAUAAUGAUUCUUGACAUCGAUCUAAAUGUCAUUGAAGAUACAGUUUAAAAACGUUACAACUGAAAAUAAUUGCCUUCCAUUCAACUAAAAUUUGAUUUUUUAAAGUUGAUCAACUGAGAGCUUCAAAACAGCGAUUGGGAAAAAAUUCACACUGGUGCAAGUGUAAUCAACCAUCCAUAGUUGUGAAUUUAGUAUAACCGUCCUGAAUAUUUUCUUAAAAAUAUUUUUUAUAUACUUUUGCCAUUUUAUUAAAGAAAGAACAGAAUAUAUAUAUUUGUCUACUGAUGAUAUUACAAUGUAUAGUGGAAUUCGUAUUUUUUGCCAUACAAAAUACCAUGUUGAGGGUUUUCAUGUGGAGUAGUUAUUCUUGAAAGAUACCUAAAAUGUAGGCAAGACCUCAGAUAUAUUGACGAUAUUAAGGUGCCACAGUGCUAACAAUGUGGUAUGUAAACCCAAGUGAAGUACACUACUACAUUCUUUCUAGAUUGUUGUUUUAUCUUUUACUCAUUAAGACAUUAUUGAUUAUAAUACAAGACAAUGGAUUGAAAUUCUUUUUACUGACAUUAUUUACUGUUAUUUUUAUUUGUAAAUUUUUAUAUAUUAAACUUAGGCUUAUUUUAGCAACUUUUUAAUGCACUAUAUAUAGCAGAGAAUCAUAGGCUUGUAAUAGGUUAAACAUAUGGGAUCUAGUAUUACUGAUUAGUUUAUUUUUUUUCUGUUGUACUAAGUAAUUGUAAUCGGCACAGCUGAAAAUUCAUCUAUUAAAUUGUGUGUGAAUUCAAUUUCUAUUAUUAUAAUACAUUUUCAUCUUAAAUUCCAUGCAAGCGUUAUAUAUUGCUAAAUGAAUACUUACCUGGAUAACCAAUGUUCCCGUGUCUGAACACACUACCAAAAUGCAUAAUCUAUCCAGAUAAGUAUUUCAUUCAUACAAUACCAACAUCACUAUUUUUUUUUUUUUUUUGUAAUAUACACCCUUAAGUCUUCUAGAUUAAAAAGUGACUAUUUCAUUUCAACUCUUAUUGUAAUAUAAUGUUUAGAAUGUAAAGGUAUACACUGAUAUAUAGGAAAACCCAGUUUGAAUCCGCUGCUCAUUUUUUGUACAAAUUUCAGUGUUUUAUAAGAAACAAUAUUUUUAUCCCUAGAAUUUUCUAAAGCUUGUUAUGAAAUUGUGUCAUAAGCAUUAGUAAACAGAUGAACCAUUUUAUGCAAAUAGUAUGUAUCAUAGAUAUUUUAGUGAACUGAAUUAUAAUAAGAAUGGAAAUUGUGGCGGUUCCAUUGAUGUCAUCCGACCAACUGAAACGUUCCGAAUGUUUUCAAGAAAAAAAAAAUAAACAUUGAUCAAUUUGAAAAUUUAAAAA